CGCUCAAAGGCAGCUGAAAUAACGGAGGGUAGCCGGAAAGGCCAAAUUGGAACUGCUUAACCAUGGGGUUUUAGUUGUACAAAGAACAAAUAUAGGAUUUGAUUUUAGAAGUCGUUGAAACUGAAGAAGGUUUCUUAUGCAAUUUUCCCAAAAAGCAACUGGGCUGCUGGUCUGGGCUAUUGAAUUCGCCCAUUUGCAAGAAAUAACUGCAGCCCUUUUAACCGAAGUGGAUGUGGUAGUAAACAACAUCAACGCUUUUGUCAUUGGAAAUGUUCGAAGCAGCUGUUGUUUCGGCUCAUGUUGGCAUCACCACCACCACCACUGCCCCAUGUCUUGCUACCUUAGGAAUCAACCAAAGAACCAAACCCAAAGCGCUAAAGUUAUGGAAACUCAGAGCCCCUGCUGCUGAUUUAUCUGGGGCCCUGACUCGAACAGUUGGUGGGCAAUUGAUGCAACACGUCAAUAACAACUUUGAAAGCUUCAGUGAAGUGAAUGAAAGCGAAAUUAUAGAGAAGAAGAGGAGGAGGAGGAAGAGGAGGGUUUUCUUCUUGGACGUUAAUCCUCUCUGUUACAAAGGAAGCACACCCAGCUUACUCUCGUUUGCUCAUUGGAUUUCCCUUUUCUUCUCUCAAGUCAGCCUUGCCGACCCUGUUAUUGCUGUUAUAGACGGGGAAAGAGGCAAUGAGUAUCGAAGACAAUUGUUACCUUCCUACAAGUCAAAAAGGAGAAACUUCUCUAAAGGUCCUGUUUGGAGGUCACAUCGUGCUGUCAUUGAUGUGCUCCAGAAAUUAAACGCGCCAAUUGUGAAAAUUGAAGGGCACGAAGCAGAUGAUGUUGUGGCUACACUUGUUGAUGAAGUUUUACGAAGAGGGUAUCGAGUGGUCAUUGCCUCUCCAGACAAAGAUUUCAAGCAACUCAUCUCUGAGGAUGUGCAAAUUGUUAUGCCCAUGCAUAAGUCUGACAAUUGGUCAUUUUACACCAUAAAGCACUAUAAAGCACAGUAUCACUGUGAUCCAUCCUCUGAUUUGAGUCUUAGAUCCAUAGUGGGCGAUGAGGUUGAUGGAGUUCCUGGGAUUCAACAUUUAGUUCCCAGUUUUGGUAGGAAGACUACACUCAAACUCUUGAGAAAACAUGGUUCAUUGGAAAACUUACUAAAUGCUGCAGCAGUAAGAACUGUGGGCAAACCAUAUGUUCAAGACACCCUAACGAAGCAUGCUGAUUACCUACGAAGGAAUUAUGAAGUUCUUUCUUUAAGGAGGGAUGUUGAUGUUCGUCUUCAAGAGGACUGGUUAUCUGAGAGAAAAACCUGCAAUGACUCAGUUAUCUUGACUGAAUUCUCGAAGCUGUUGGACGAAACUCAGAAGCUUAAUCAGUGAAACAUAACCCAUUCUUCGAGUGGAUAACCUUCAAAAGGUCUAAGACAUUUUAAAGGAUGCAUUGAAGAUCUAUCCUCUUCUGUAAGGUAUUUGUUUAUUCGUGGUUCAAUUCCAGAAUCUCCUGUAAUACCCCGAGUUUUAAUUAUGUUCAGAAUUUAAGUAUGUGUUGAGCUUGAUGUUAAUUAUGUGAUUUUGGCUUUGUUUUGCUAGUUUAUUAGGAAAUGGAACAUAGGUGGUUAUAGGUCACACCGACACAUGAUAGUUUUUAAGAAAAUUUAGGAUAUUUCUUCUUAGACUUGGAUUGAAGCCUAAUUUGGUAAGUACAUGCCUAGAGGAGUAAAAUUUCUUGUUCUUGAUGUUCAAAUUUUUUUGCUAGAAGUGCUUAAUCUAUGUGGGUUUUAGGUAGAGAUUGAAGUUUAUAUUGAAAACCCAUGAACCUCAUUUAAAUUCCUAGAAAUUGACAUGUUUAAAGUUUGUGUAAUUCAUGAAUUUGGUAUAUUUGAGGUUGCCCAUGAGUAUGUUCAAGUUUGCUUAUGUUUUGUGAAGUUUCUGUAUGAGUUUUGAUGUGAAUUUUAGGGUUUUACUUCAGAAUUUCGUACAGCUUGUGGGCAGGCAAUUUAGAGCUUCAACAGAAUUGAAUCUGCCAUGUUCUUGAGGAAUUUUUCUCACCAACUUCCCGACCUUAAUAUUUUUUGAUAUUUUUAUUGAAGAUGCCUGUAUGUGUCUAUUUUAUUGUGUAAAAUUUUCAGAACCUAAAUCAAAAUGUGGAAGGAGUUAAAAUUCGUUAACCGACCUGCUGUUGUGGUAUUUGCAGUGCUGACAGCAUUGUCGCACUUUACGGAAACGGUCAUAUUUUUUUGCUCGAGCGAUGAAAUCGCGAUCCGUUUUCUGAUUUUGAAACUAGACUCAUAGACCUAAAAAAAUGCAUGAAGAUUGUGUUUUAGUUAUUCUUGUGCAAAGUCAGUUUUUGCGUUAAAGUGAAUGGAACUGCAGAUUCUGUGACUAUUUUCUUGAGGCUAGUUAUCUAACUUCUUAAAUUGUUCUUAAAUGUGUUUAGGACCUUAUUUAAGUUAUAUCUAAGUAUGUUUAACAGUUUCUAAUUGGGUUUCCAUUGCCUAAUUGUUAUAGGAAGUUCAGGUGGUUCGUAGAAUCGAGGUGAGUGAUUUAAUACCUAAACACAUGAUUUUAAACUUGUUUUCCUUAAUGAGCUUAUUUGAACAAGUUUUAUAAAUUGUGUACUCCAUGGAAUAACAAUGGAAGGUGGACCUAUUUGUGAAAUAUUUGCGAAUCUAUUUAAUGGCAUUCCCAAUGUCCGGUCUUGCUAGGGGACGGCUUAAUGGCUAGCAAGGGUGUUUGAGGUUGGUGUGUGUUUUGGGAUAUUGCGUAGACGUUUGGCUUAUCCACUACCGGGGACGCCUGGUAGCUUUUGAAUUUUGAAUAACGGAAUGUGCAUUAUAUUUGGCUUAUGGAUUUGAGUUCUUUGUUUUGAAAUACUAUCAAAUUAUUUUGCAUUGUCCAUGGAAGGCAUGUGAGUUAAGUAUUAAUCAUUCACACGAGCUUUGGCUAAUGUAAUUUUUUUUCCACCUUUCAGGAAGGGACGCGUAGUGUGGUGGCAUGUUUACUUUUGAGAUGUGUUGUAUAUUUGGAAGCUUGUAGGAAGAAAGUUAUGUUUCAUGAUCACUUAGUUUUGUAUAUGGUUUGUUUAGCUUUCGAGUUUGUAAGUAAGCUCAGCUCUGAGAGGUUUACCUUUUGGUUUGUAAAACCUAUGUAAGACUUUGGGUUGUUAUCAAUAAAAAGCUAGCUUUUGCUUCCGCUGUUA